AUGUUCAAGUCUGCAAAAUGGAGAAGCGAGAAGAUCAAAGUUGUAUUCAAAAUGCAGUUUCAAGCAACACAGGUGCCACAGAUAAAAGCCAAAACCCUGACGCUUUUGGUGGUUCCAGCAGAUGUAGGAAAGCCAACAGUGAGAUUGGAGAAAGCUCCAAUCUUCGAAGGAAACUGCUACUGGGAACAUCCUAUUUAUGAGACUGUAAAAUUAGUAAGGGAGCCGAAGGUGGAAAGAUAUAAAGAAAAAAUCUUCCAUUUCAUUGUGUCAACUAGAUCAUCAAAAUCAGGUGUUCUGGGAGAAAACUCGAUUGACCUUGCAGAUCUAGUUGAGGCUACUAAACCAUUGACAUUAUCUCUGCCUCUACAGACUUCAAACACGGGUGCAAUUUUGCAUGUCACAAUUCAGAAGAUGCAAGGAGAUCUUGAUUCAAGAUGUACUGAAGAAAGUGAAGCACUGGUGGAAGAUUUUGAUAGCUAUGGGAAAAGAAAUCUACAAUCUCCUGAAGAUGGAAGCUUUAGAGAUACAGAACCAGAUAACAAUGGUGUAUAUCAGAGAUCCUACACAGAUAUGUCAUUAGAUUGUGCUUCAGAUCGAAGUAUAAUUGAUAAAACAAACAGCUUUGACGAAACCUGUUCAAGAGGUGAGGUAGAAGAAAAUUCCGUUGAUAUUAUUGGAAAGUUGAAAAAUCAAAUAACAAUGUUAGAAAGGCAGGCAGAAGUUUCAGAAUUGGAAGUCCAAUCCCUUAGGAAGCAGGCUAUAAAGGAAAGCAAAAAGGGACAGGAACUAUUAAAGCAGAUUGAUUGCCUUAAGGAGGAGAGGGAUGCAAUUAUAACCCAAUGUGAACAACUCAAGUCCUUACAAAAUGGUAACAAUGAUGAUGUAGUUUCAAGUGUUACAAAGAAGGAGACUGAAAAUUUGAGGACUUCACUUGAAGAUUUUAAGCAAGAACUUAAAAGUGAGAAGCAAUCUAAUAAGAGAUUGAAGCAGCAGCUGCAGAAGACAGAAGACUCGAAUUCUGAACUGGUUCUAGCAUUACGAGACCUUGAAAGAAUGUUGGAUCAAAAAAAUAUGGAAAUAUCUCGACUUUCUAGCAAAAUAAAGGUGAAUCACAGCGGCGAUGAGGCUCUUGCAAUAUCAUCCAAGAUAAAGAAAGAUUGGGAUCGAGAAAAGAAAGCAAAGGAUGACCUAAUAAGCAAGCAAAGAAAUGCUGAUGAAGCAGAAAUGCUGAAAAAGGAAAUUAAAGACCUCUAUUGCGAAAUAGAAGAGAACAUCCCUCCAUUGCUUGAUUCUUUUCUACUUUUGCUUUGA